AUGAUUGUGUUCUAUUUGAAGAUUAAUUGGAUCGUGAUCCGAAUGAUUGUGAUCAAUGAUUGUGUUCUAUUUGAAGAUGAGUGGGAUCGUGAUCCGAAUGAUUGGGAUGAUAAUGAUGAUCCAAAUGGUUGUGAUCAUGACGACGAUGACGAUGAUGAUGAUCCGGAUGACUAUGAUCGUGAUGAUGAAUAUGGUCGUGAUCCGAAUGAUUAUGAUGGUGGUGAUCCGGAUGACUGUGAUCGUGAUGAUGAUCCGGAUGACUAUGAUCGUGACGAUGAAUAUGGUCGUGAUCCGAAUGAUUAUGAUGGUGAUGAUGAUCCGGAUGACUGUGAUCGUGAUGAUGAUCCGGAUGACUAUGAUCGUGACGAUGAAUAUGGUCGUGAUCCGAAUGAUUAUGAUUGUGAUGAUGAUCCGGAUGACUGUGAUCAUGAUGAUGAUGAUGGUCCGAAUGAUUGUGAUCAUGACGGCGAUGACGAUGAUCGUGACCCGAAUGAUUAUGAUCGUAAUGAUGAUGAUCCGAAUGAUUGUGUUUCAUUUGAAGAUGAAUAUGGUCGUAAUCCGAAUGAUUAUGAUGGUGAUGGUGAUGAUGAUGAUCCGGAUGACUGUAAUUGUGAUGAUGAUCUGGAUGACUGUGAUUGUGAUGAUGAUCCGGAUGACUGUGAUUGUGAUGAUGAUCCGGAUGACUAUGACCGUGAUGAUGAUCCGAAUGAUUGUGUUUCAUUUGAAGAUGAAUAUGGUCGUGAUCCGAAUGAUUAUGAUAGUGAUGAUGAUAAUCCGGAUGACUAUGAUCGUGACGAUGAAUAUGGUCGUGAUCCGAAUGAUUAUGAUUGUGAUGAUGAUCCGGAUGACUGUGAUCGUGAUGAUGAUCCGAAUGAUUGUGUUUCAUUUGAAGGUGAAUAG